AUGAAAUCAAUAUUAAUUUUUCUGUAUUUUGCUGCUUUAUCAACAGCAAUUUUGACAAUUGAAGAUCAAGAUAUCAGAGAUGUCGAAAAAUGGAUUCAAGAUUUGCAAACCAAUAUUCAGAAUCAAGAAAGCAUUGACAUAUUUUUCCACCCAUUUUUCACUUUUUCAGGAUGCAAAAAAAUUUAUUUUUUAAACGAGAGUUUGAAAUACGCCAAAAAACAAAGAAAUGCGCAAGUUAUCAAUAUCAAGAAAAACGGUAAAGGUCGUCUGGAAAUUCGUAUCAUUGUAGAAGUUCAAGGCAAAAAUCGUGUUGUUUUGGUGUCAGCACAAAAAUUGAACGGGCAAUAUGUAUUUUUUGACGGCAGAUCUUUAGAUUGUUCAUAA